AUGGCGUCGUCGCAAGCAGCUCCAGAGCGGAGUAGCGCAGCUCCAGCGAUGCAGUCGAGAGACAGCUCGCACGACGUGCCCUCGUAUCCUAACACGAGGAUCGCACAGCCUAGAGCGAGCAUGGCUUUGGAGCGGACGACGGAUACGACACAGUCGACGGUGGGGCGGUCUAGAGUCACGCUGGAUGCGGAUCCAUCACGGCGAGAUGAUAGCAACAAUGACGCACCUUCGACACCUAUCCGACCGGCACGCUCGCAUCGUCGAUCCGAGUCUGGUCGUCCGACCGUCCCCAGCGCCGAUACGACACCUUCGCAUUCCAGCCCAAGCCCAAGUCCACCCACUCCUCCCAAUCCAUCCGACCAGAAACUAUCCAAGCUCCCCAUCGAUCCCCUUCGCGAACCUCGCCGGUCGAUCCCCAAACGGGCACACGAGCUCACCCUGCGCAACCAACAUCUCCCCUUCGGCGCCCCCCUCCCGCGCUCCGGCAUUGUCACCACCACACCCUCCACCCUCCGAGACUGGCUGCUCCCCGGCCCGCUCCGUUUUCCCUCAUUACAGUUCCUCUACAUCGUGGUCGCGCAGUCCAUCAUCGCAGCCUGCAUCUCUGGGGGGAUCAACUUUGCCGUAGCCGUCGCGCUCUACCGAGGACGCGACACGGUGGACCUCUGGACGUUCGACCGGCAGACAGUGGCAGGCGACAUGGGGGUGACGGUGAUCAUCCAGCAAGUGGUGUCGUUCAUUAUCACGAGUAGCUUGGUACACCGGGACUUGGUGGUUGGGCCGAUCGCACCUCUUCGCCGACCUUGGCCACCUUUGUUGCACCUUCCAUCGACACCCAGUCCUGCGGGCCACUACUUCGGGUCGAGGUUACCGGCGGAUGUUCAACCCGAAAAACCCUUGUACAUGGGCAAAGCGGAGGGGGAAACCAGGUGGAAGCAGUAUUUCUGGUUCUUCGUCCGAGCAGUAUGCACGGGUAGCGAGAGAAACGACCUCCUCUCCCCCGGCAUCUCGACCAAUCAACGUCUCCAGCGCCUCCUAUGGACCGCCGCCCAAGGAUUCUUUUUAUGCGUUCUCACAUUUUGGUGGUAUUGGCCCAUAGCGAUUGCCAUCAUCGCCCCGAUCUACGGCGGCAAAGAGUUGGCCGGAACAUGGGUCCCCGAGGUGAUCAAGCUCAUCUACGGAGGGGUGAUGAGCUUGUUAACGAACCCUGUGAUGGCGUUGAUGGCGAUGGGCGCGGAGAGUAGUGUAAGGCGAUGCUACCCGGAGUUGGAGGUGUGGGAGGAAUUUGGUGGACGAGAGGAUGCGGAGGAGUGGAGACGCGAGAUGGGACUGGAAGGGGAGGGGAAGAGCAGCAAUGGCGAAGGUGGUGCAGAGCAGGCAUAG